GGACACAAACAUUGAUGACAGACAAAUCCAAAUAUGUAACCAUUCUCCACUUCUACUGGAAAUCCGAUAUUAAUUGGUAACAUUUGAGUCCACCUAUUGUGUUCAAACUCAACUUUUCCAUUGAAAAUUCAUGUGCACGGAGAGAAGUUUGGUAGAGCCGCUCACCCAACACGUACUAUAGCGCCCACAUUUCGAAGCUGCUGAUCUGCAUUUUUUCGAGAAUCAAAGUCAUUGAAGUAAACGUCAGUGAAUUUUAUACAAAAAUUCAAUCAUGGCUUCGAAGGUCCUCGUGAAAUUACCAACGGUCCCAUUUCCACAAGGGAAAAAACCACCACCAGAAUUGGUGAGUUUACCGAAUCGAAAUGAAGGCACUGCACAAACGCGACACCAAAGAUUCAAUGGUGAUAGAACAGCUCAGUUGGAACAAAAUAUGAAAUUUUUACAAGAGCAGCAUCAAGCUACACUUGUUGCUCUUCAUCAAGAAGUGGAAACUUUGCGUCAGCGAAAUAGAGAUCUGCAGUUUCAACUGGUUUUCUCGAAAGGAUCUAACGUUUCGAGUACCGCCUCAUCUCCCGAAGAUAGUGGAAAUGGGUUCACGAAAGCAAAGGGAAGCCCAGCGUAUGUUAACGUCACUCCCCUCCAGGUUGAACUUCUAGAAAAAGAUCUUCAGGACAUCAAGACUUCCUUGAAUGAGUCGAAAACGCACAAUAUUCACCUUUCUGAAAUUAUCGAGAAACAGAAAAAAAUUUUGGAAUUGACUGACGUACGAGCCGAAAAGCUCGCGGUAAAGGACGUGGGAGUCCAGAUAGAAAGCGGUCCAGAUGCUGCGCAAGUGGAUUUAGCAACACGUUUGGAAGAUGCAGAAGCUAUGGUGAAAAGAUUGCGUCGAGAAAACGAGGAUCAGCGAAGAGAAAUGGCCACAAUGAAAGCUACUUUAUACAACGGUAAUGGAUCCGGCAGUGGGCGAAAUCGUGGACCCAACAAUGGACAUCAUUACCGUAGCUCUCAGGGUGAAGGAGACGAGCACAAUUCCCACAAAUUUCCACCCUUGCAGACUCAGAGCUACUGGCAUCGCGGUUCCAGAGGGAAUCACAGUUUUGACCAUAAUUCGGAAUACCACCGAAACGGAAGGAGUCGCGUUGAGAGGCAAGAUCGUGAACCGGAAGUUGAUAGUACCGUUUUACCACAACUUCGCAAUGGGGCGAUCAAAUCAGAUAAUUCCACAAGUUAUCCACCCUUCUACAGAUCGAGGGGGUAUCUAAACGGAGGGGGAAAUUACCACCGAGAUGGUGGAAACAGGAAAUACAGAGGUCAUAGACAACAGAGGGAUCGCAGAGAGAGCGAACCUCGGGAUCAUCGUCGGGAAUACAAGGAGCGAGAAUACCCCGAAGCUGUGGCCGAAGGAUCCAGGGAUUCCAAAAGUAUUAGGAGGCAGUAGAGAUUUUUUCAUCCGCUCUAAAAAAAAAAAACUUAAAUUAUUAUUAAUAUACCUGCAUUCGUAAAUCACGCAUGUUUUCAUUCUUUAACUGAGUACGAGUGAACGCACUUGGGAUUCGAUAUAGGGAUGUGGUAACGAAGAGUAAUUAAAUUUGGAAACGUAAAAAAUUAA